AUGGGCAGAUCGCGACGAGCUGGACGCAAAGUCCAGCUCAGGCGAAUAGCACGAGCAUACGCUACUCCUGGGGUCUUCGAUCCCAGGAUUUUCGAUAGCCCUUUAGAGCCUGCGAAACCCUCGCUCCCACCCCCUCCCCCUUAUCCGCAACCCCUGAUCAGGCUAAGCCUACCCCCACCUCUACCAGGAGCCGGGAACCCGGGCCCAGUCGAGAGACCACCCCCCCUCACCCGUCCACAACCCCCGGAUCCUUGCCCCGUCCGGACUUGGGCACCGCGUCCACCCGUCACGCCAGCGCCCAGAGCUCCUAAGGGGGCACUUGGAGCGGCACCUCGGCCUCCAUCAACGGGAUUGGAGAAGAGGACCCCACCAGGACUGAAGGCCCCCAAGGCACAGCCCGCCCUGAUGAGGACGAGGCCCUGCAUCGUCCGCAUAGAGGCCCUCCCGCAGAGGGUCCGAAUUGUGAAACGGAACAAGAAACCACUGCGAGAGACCAAGGACCUGCCCUCUCUGGGCUAG